UCAUUUCCCUCGUUUCUCAACCAGCUCAAAUACCUGAACAAACCCCUCCGCUUUCGGUUCUUCUUUUCCCUGCUGCCGUGUUUUCUCCUCAUCACCAUUGCCUCGCCUCUCACGUUUUUAGCUGCUAGAUUUCGCACGAAGGGCAGCAAUCCCGUUAUAAGUCGCGUCUUUCGACCUACUCCUCCUCGGGUGUUUCUGCGAGAAUCUGAAACGUCUGGAACCUGCUGCGCUCGUAGCAUAUCAAGUCUCACCAGCAGCAAACUCUCAGAACGUCUGGUAAUUGACACACCUUCACAUCGCAACCGCGUCGGAACAACUUUCUCGCCGAGGAGCCCCCGCCGCUAACUCUCGUCGGCCUCAAUUCUCGUGACCGCCGCAGCAGCCGGCUCCCCACACGCCGAAGCAGCGACAGCAGCAGCGGCGGCAGCAGCAGCGACGAGCAACUUCGUCCACCAAGCGCCACUCAGUCACGCGCCAUGGCGAGUCGCAGCCGGCCCGCUCGUCUCCAAACACCAACAACACUUUCCCUCCUCCUCCUCGUCCUCGCGCUCUUCGCGGCGCCAACUUCAGCGAACAACUGCCCCUCCUUCCGCCCAAUCGGCGUCGACUGCCCGCCCGCCACGUCACCCGCGGGCCCCGCAUCCGCCGCCGCGAAUCCCGCGUGCAAGUCGCAGGUCUACGUGGGUCGAUUCGCCGUGCAGGGCUCCAAGCCCUUCCGCCUCCCCGCGAUCCCCAACGGCGUUCCGCUUCCGCCGGCCGCGCUCGCGGCGGACUGCUGCCGCGAGUGCCAGCAGCGCGCCGAUUGCACGUACUGGAACCUCUUCCUCCGCUCCAGCCGCUGCCUUCUGUUCUCCGAUGACGUGUGCGCCGCCGAUAAGCCCGCCGUUUUCCUUCCCGGCGAGCAACACGCGUUCGUCGGGACUCGAUUCUGCAACGCGACUUCCCUUAAAACGCGUACAACCGACACCGACACUCCCACACCUGCUGAAAGCGCGCUGUCCCUUUUCGAGGAGGCUACUGACGAGGAUGAGCAGGAGGCGGCAGACGAGCGGCAGGCAGAGACAGCAGAGGCGGAGGAGGAGCACGACAGGCACGUGAUGGGGGUGUUCGAAGGGGGGUUCGAGGGGGAAUUGGAAGGGGGCAUGGAGAGGAUGCAAGACGAGGAAGUGGAAGAGCUCAGGCUAGUGGAAGCAGCAACUCAGGAGCAGCAGCAGGGGGAGGAGAUCACUGUGAACCAGCAACAGCAGCAGCAGCAGCAGCAGCAGGAGGCAAUGCAGGCAUAUCAGAACAACGUUGAAGCCAUGGCGGCUCUAGAGCUGGAGGCCAUGCAAGGCAGCGAGCAGGGGAGCGGCGUCAACGACAUGGCAGAGCCUGCUGCUGCAGAUGCUGUGCCGGCGUCAGCAGCUGGUGCUGUUGGCCCUGCCGGGCCCCAAAGAGUGGAGACCCUCGAGCUCUUGGAGCUGGAAGCUGUGCACGGCAGCGAGCAGGAGAGUGGCAACAACGACAUCGCAGAUCCUCACAGAGUGGAGGCCCUCGAGCUCUUCGAGUUGGAGCAGCAGCAAGGGGAAGGAGGGGAGAGGGAAGAGGAGGAGGAGGAGGAGGAGGAGCAAGGAAGGAAGAAGACUGCACCGUUUCAGGAGAAUCCUCAGGUGAUGCAGCAGAUUGAGGAGGAGGGUCUGGCAACGGAGCAGGAGCAAACGACAGCAGCAGCAGCAGCGGUAGCAGGAGGGAGUGCGUUGGAGGCGUUUGAAGACGAACCAGCUGCGGAGGAGCAGGAGGCAGAGGAGGCAGCACGUGCUGCUGCAGGCAGCAAGGCACCGGAGGAAGAGGAGGAGGCGACAGAAGAGGCGGCACGUGCAGCGGCAGUGAAGGAGAUGGAGGAGGAAGAGAUCCCCAUCCGGCUGGUGUCCUUCUCCCUGGUGGACUCCGACUCCCUGGUCACAAGCCAAGCAGCGGCGAUGGAGGAAGCAAUGACGGAGAGGGAAGCGAGCGCCAAGGAGGCUGCUUGGAGGGAGCUGGAGCAGCAGGAAGUUCCGGUGAAGCUGACCUCGUAUGAGAUGGUGGAUGCUGAUUCACUUGCCGCCAUCCAGACACAGGCGAUGAAGCAGGAGGCGGAGAAGCAAGAGGAUGCGAGAGCAGCAGCAUGGAAGCAGUUGGAGGAGGAGGAGACUCCGGUGAAGUUGACCUCGUAUGAGAUGGUGGAUGCUGAUUCGCUGGCGGACAGGCAGAGAGAGGCGAUUGAAGAGGCGAGAGAGGCAGCGUGGAGGCAGGUGGAGGAGCAGGAGAUCCCGGUGCGGCUCAACCUGAGGGGUCGUUCCGCCUUCCACAUCUCAGCCUAAGCCGGCAAGCCUCUUUGCACCAGGCUGGCUUUUGUGUCGACUCGGAAACAGGUGGAGGAGCAGGCAGGAUCCCGGUGCGGCUCAAUUUGAGGGGCCAUUCUGCCUUCCACGUCUCAUCGUAAGCUGGCGAUCUACUUCGCACCGACUGAUUGCAGCAACUCGAUAAAGAAUCUGUACUCUGCAGUGGUGGUGGGUGUAGCAUACAUGUAUAUUUCAGUCGGGCUCCCAUCGGUCAGGUCAGGAGCCUUGGUUGUGGGCUGGCAAGUACACCUGUGUAAUCUAUUGAAUAAAUGUAUGUGAUGUUCAUUCCAGGAGGCAUGCUGCUGUGCAAUGUAUACAUCUGUGCCAAAGGGUCUU